AUGCGUCUCACCACGAAUCGUUAUCUUGUUCUUCUGCCUACUGUAGCGGCUUAUUGUAAGUUGAAAAGGGGAAAAUUCGUAGAGAAAAUGACCUUUUAUUCAAGUGAACGUACUUGAAUAUAAAUUUCAUUUUGAUGAAUCGGAUUUUUUUAAUUCACGAUUUUUUUCAGAUUGCUUUUUUUGUAUCUCCUAAAUCUUGAUGCUGAAAAAAAUAAGAUAAGAAAAUAUUCAUGAAGAACUUUUUCGUAAAUCAUAUUUUUGACUUGAUAAGUUUUAAUACUGGUGAUUCUUGGACAUUUUUUCAAUUUUCCAACGAGUUAAUUUUUUUUUUCAUAAUAUCCUUCAAGAAAGAAAUUUCACUUAAGUAUCUUCUUAGGAAGUAAAAAAAGAUCUAACGGCAUAUUUAAUUUGGUCACCUUCCAUUAGAUUUAUAAGGAGAUCAUCAAUUUUUUCCCAAACGCAUGGUCGUAAUACAAUUUCCAACUUGGAGAAAGGUUAAGCGGAUUUUUAAAAAUGUGGUCCUGGGACGAAUAACGAAAUAGCAUAUGAAAACGAAAUCAUGCAAUGGUUUUUGAACAUUUUUUGAUUUUGUCGCGAUCGACGAUUUCAACUGCCAAUUUUAUUUCAACGUACAAAAAGUUCAUUAACCGGUCAGCUAGUCUAAAAAAAGGCCUACGUUACUGUAGACUCGUCAAUCGUUGCAGGACCCUUUUUUUGUAGUUCAUUGGUACUUUAAAUCCUGUGACAAGCUAAACUUCAUGAAAAACAAAUUUCAGUUAAAUCCCGGAAAAAUUCAAUUUUCUCCAAGAUUCCCAGGUCAUUUGGAAAACUGAAAUCCCCCUUUUUUUUCGAAUUUCCAUUUAAUGGACCUCGUUCCGCUCGCCGUAAAUUGUUCUGAAAUUGUCCUGAAAUUGAAUUGGAACCUCAAAAACGGGAAAAGGAGGAAAGGAAAAAGUUUUUCUUCCCCCUCCCCCAUGUUAAUUUUCCAAUUUUGCUUGUUUUGGCCGGUGCCUCAAGAAAAUGAGUUUUUUUUUUUGCCAUUCUCCACAGACUUUUAGUUUUUUUUUCGUCAUUUUUUAUGACGUUCCAAAAUAAAUACUCUAAGAAAUCUGAUUUGGAGUGGUCUUUUUGAAAAAAACGAGGAAGGAAAAAAAUUCUAAAAAAAUAUUCCUUUUUCUUCUAAAAAAAUGAAAUUAGAGUUAUUUUUUUGAUGUAGAGGCAAUUUUUUUCAGGUUCGAAAAAAAGCUUGUGAAAAGUUGAUAUAAUGUUAUUUUUUUGCCUAGAAAAUUCACGAAUAAAAUUAGAAUACUUAUAUUUUUCGUAGAAGCCUCUCAUUUUUUACACACUCUCUCGUCAAUCGUUUCAAAAACCAUUUUUUUGUAAUUUAUUGAUUCUCUGUAGUUUUUCAAAACUCGCUGAGUAAUUUUUUUGUAAUAUUUUAGGACUGUGAGUUUCUUGGGAAACUUUUGAAAAAUAAAAAAAUUUCGGGUUUUGUGGUUUUUUUUUUCCUGUUUAGCUCAUUCUUUCGUUAUUCGUUUCAGAACCCUUUUUUGAUAAUGCAUUGAUUUUUUCUUAAUUUUUCAAAAAUUGGCCAGGAAUUUAGUACACUUUGAAACCGUCAGAACCUCCGGAAUCGAAUAUUUAGUCUGAAUUUCGAGUUUUAUUUGAAAUAUCUUCUUUUUCACUACAAUUUUAAGUUUUAUCACGUUUUUUUUUCAUGAGUCAAGUCAUAGUGUCCAGAAAUUUUUUUAAAUUAACCUAGUUUUAUAAAAAAUGUUUCUAGAAAAAAAAAUUAACGUUUGAAAGUCUCACUUUGGUCAACAAGAACAAAUUUAUUGUCCCCUUUUUUGAAUUCCGGCACUCAUCAAUUUUUUUACUUCCUUAUAAGUACUUCUUACUCUUUCUCUUUUUUUAUGCUAUCAAAGAAGUAGCUUGCAAAUGAAUAAUUAGGAAACUUUAUGGGAACUUCAGAGGGCUAAUAAGGAUCGCCGCGAGUCCGCCCACAGAUCCAAAAUUAUUCGCAUUUCCUCCCUUUUUCUCUUAUUUUCUAGACUCCAUAAGCUUCUUUCUAAUUGGGCCUCAAUUAAAAUAAAUAAUCUUGGAAACUGAGAUCCAUGUAAGAAGUCUAAAGCUCACGUCACGGAAAAAGCCUCGAAAAUAGAGCUUUUUUUCAUGGCUCAUUUCACAUUGUAUGUAUACUGAAAUGCACUUCUUUUUCCCGUUUUUUUCGUUUCCGUUACGUUGUUGCUACUUUUUUUCUCAUAUAAUAUAUUCAUUAUAUAAUAUAUUUAUUUUUCAUUUCAAGCUACUGAUAUUAUCGUUGGGAAGGCGGAGUUUUUUUCCUCCAAAUGGGUGAGAUUUUUUUGAAAAAAAUCAAAACUGUUAUUUUUUUGUGAAAGGGGGGAGCAAAAAUGAGCUUGAAGUUAUAAAAAGUCACUUUUUUUGAAGUAAAAUUUGAACAAGUGUAUUGAAAAAAAUUAAUUGAUUAUAAAUAAGAUAAUUACAAUUAAUAAGAUAUGAUUAGAAGUUAGUAAAAAGACAAUGAUGAACAAAUUUGGGAAAAUUCUGAGCGAUUACCUUGCUUUGGCUAUAAAGUCGAGAAAGUUACCUCCAAGGGACGUUAUUCUACUCUUUUUUUUAUAUGAAAAUUGGCUCAGAUGUUUCUCGGUGAACUAAAAAAUACAUUCAGGAAGUUUUCUCCUGCGAAAAUUUUCUAGUUUUCCAAAACGGAAGCCUUGGACACAAAGGAAAUCAACAUGUGCCUGUUGAAAAGGGCUAUUCUGAUGCAUUGAGCUCUUUUUUUGAGAAAUAGGAAGUCGUGAAACUCGUGAGAUCUUUACUACACAUAGUCAAUUGAAGAAUGGGCUUCAAGUUUUUGUGUUUCACAAAGAAACAUUCUCAGAAAUUUCUAAGAGAUAGUUUUUUUUCAACUUCCGAAUGAGAUUUAGUUACUGAAGGCAGUUUGGUAUGCUGAAUUUGAACCUGAACUCAGAAAACGCCGAGGUGGUUUGGGAAAAAGUUGAAUAAGCCCGAAAAAUUAUGUAUAGGCUCAAAAAUUUUUCUGAGUUCAAAAAGGUCGGCUCUUCGUUAUCACCGAGGCCAGUUCUAUCAUUCAGAAGCUGAGUCUACAAAAUUUGAAUAGCCACGAUUUUUGUUACAAAUUUUCUGGGCAGUUUUUGAGCAAAAAUUCUGAACCAGUGUGAAAAACUGCAUCAUAGUUAUAUUCGAUUUAGGGGUUACUUUAGUGGUUUCAUUGCACUUUAAUGACCACUAAAUGGGUGAGAAAGUCGAAAAUAUUUUUUCUGAUGAUCCAUGGAGCGCAAAUGCUCCCAUUUCUUUCAACUAUUUUCUCCAAGACAUUGAUUUAAAAAAAAAGAGAAAAAAUAAACUUGUUUUAUAAUUAUUAAAACUUUGCAGAAAAACACUAGUUACUCAGUCCCCGGACGUUCCUUUUAGUGACCCCUUUAGUAGCUUCAGCAUUUUUGAGUUUCCCCAAAAAGCUCAGAAACGUCCGAGUGAAGUCAAAAAUGUCAAUCUGAUAAUCAAUGGAGCGCAUAAGUUCCCAUUUCCCUAGACUAUUUUCUUCAAGACACUGACUUGAGACCAAAAAUCAACACAAAAGAUGGGAUCUAAUUUCAUAAUUAAUAAUAUUUUGCAGACAACGAGACGACGGAAAUCCUGCGCGACGUCUUCGCCAACUACGACCGCCGCGUGAUCCCUUUCACGGACGGACCCGUCCUCAUCAACAUGACCAUUGUGUUGGGGAUCCUCAUCGAGUUGGUCAGUCUGAGCAAGAUGAACAAAAUAUAUGUAGGCUUUUGAAAUAUGAGCUCUUCAAGAUUUCAAUUUCAGAGAAAAAUCGCCUAAACUAUGAAAGAAAAUAAUCUUUUCUAAAAAUUGUAAGUCAGAACGAGAAAAAAGUGCGAAAUUUUUCCAAAGUUUUGCAGCAAAGUUGCUCUUUAGACGCUCCAAAGGAUCCCAAUUUUGGAGAAAAACGGCCUAAAAUAAGAGAGUCGAAUCGUUUCCAAAACAGAACAAGAAAAAUGUUUGAAAUCUUGUCAAGAAAGUUUCCAAAGAUUUGCAGCGAAGUUGCUCUAUGGACAAAGCUCUAAAAUAUCUCAAUUUUGGAGGAAAAUGGCCUGAAAUAAGAGUGAAAUCGUUUCCAAGACAGAACGAAAAAAAAAAAAAAUUGAAACCCCUCCGAAAAAAAAAAAUAUACCCUCAGAAUCUUCAAUAGAAACUAAUUUUUCACUGGCCGAAUCAAGCAAAUAGCCUUAGGCUAUGUUUGUGGUUCAAGAAUCCGAAGUAUACUUUACUUUUGAAUGUUCUAUUGAGCUUUCACGUUUUUUGGUUGAAGUUCUGGGGAGCAAAAGCUGUGAAAAAAAAAAUAUUUUUGAUUUUUUAAUCGGAAGUUCUAUUGAUUAUGAUGUCAUUAAGACACAGAAAUGCCUUUUUUUUUACUGAAUUACUGAAGUUCAAGUCACUUCAACUGUACUAAAUGAAGAAAAACCCCAGUUUUUUUGGCUUUUUUCAAAAUAAGGGUGUCCUGAGUUACCUAUAUUGAUUCUGCUAUUAGAUUCUGUGAGGGGACACUUUUUAAGCUUACCUUAUAAGGGAAUCCAUUCAAAAGAUGUUCUUUUUCUCGUUUCUGCUAUAGAUUUUGAGACCGUGACAAAAUUAUUCCUCGAAUGACUUCCAAAGUUCAAUUUUUCAAUAUCAUUUUCAUUAAAAUAAUUUCUGUCUCAAGAAAAAAAAAAUCAAUUCCUUUGCUUUGGUCGUUUUUCUCAGCAUCCGGCAGACGAAAAGUUGUUUUUCUUUGACUUAUUUCCGCAUGGUCGAUCCUCAAUGAAUUAGCCGGGUUUUUCUUUCUUUUUUUCUGCCGUCUGAGAUAAUAAAGAUGAAGUUUCUGGGGAACGCCAAGAAAAUAUUUAUCCGCGGAGCGCAAGAGUCGAAAUAUGAUGAGGCUAUUUUUGAGAGGGGUGUUUUUUUGGUUUUAUGAGUGAUUCUAGUCCAGUCUUUAAAAAGGACCUAGAAAAAUUUUGAAAGGUUAGGCAAGGAAUGUGUAAAGUUAUCAUUGGAGCGCAAGAGCUGGGAAAUAUCUUGAAUUUUAGAUUUUUAUAGAGUCAAUCAACAAAUUUAUCGGGUUUAAGACUCCAAUUUUUCCACUUUAUAAAUUCAGUAUUUUUUUAGCAUUUGUCGAAUGAAUAAGAAAAAAAUGUUAAUUUUUUUCGGGCUUUAAAAACCAAUCGAAAAUAUUUUUUUAAAUCAUUUUUUUCAUUUUUUUCGGUCAGAAUUUAACGCUCAAGACCUUUUUCUUAGUGAGGCGCCUUUUUCGAAAAAAACUUUUUUUCUUUCUUUUUUAAAGAUUAAAGAAGUUCGUCUAUUGCUCAUUUUUUUGCUCAUUUUUUUGCAACUUAAAUUUAAGAUCAAGGCCUUAUUUCAAAAGAAACCUUUCAAGUAGAAAAAAAGAACUCCCUUCUUCCUAAUUUUUUUUUCUAAAAGUGUAGGAAAAUCUUGCAAAUUUAGGUGCAAAAAGUUUGUUUCCUGCUAAUUUUUACUAAUUUUCCGCGACUCAAAUUGACUCUCAAGACGUAAUUUCAGAGGAAAAGAUUCCAGUUGAAUAUUUAUGAUUUCCCUUCUUUCCAUUCUUUUUAAAGUCAUAGGAAAAGUCGCAGAAAACAGUCCUCUUGCCUCUUUUUCACUUAUUUUUUUCGCGACGUGGAGCUCAAAAAAAACUUGUCGAAGUGUUUUUUUUUUUGGACCAUGUUAAGUUAUUUUUCCGUCAGAAUCUAAGUCUCAAGACCUAAUCUUAAUAAGACACUUUCAAGUUCAAAAUUCAUUAUUUUCCUUCUUCCUUAUUUUUUUCUUAUUUUUUUCAAAGGAGUGUAGGAAAAGCUUGCAAAUUAGAGCGCAAAAAGUGCCUUCCUUGCUAAUUUUUACUCAUUUUUCGCGACGUAAAUUGAGGCUCAAGACGUUCAUUCGUAAUGGUAAUGCGAAGCUUUCAUGUCGAGAAAAUAACUCGAUAACUUUGUCCCCGAGACAUAAAACAUACACAAAGAAGCCGUUCUUAAUUGAGUUCCCUUUUUUUUUGUGACAAUUCUUGAAAAUGGAUGGAACAAUCGGGUGUUUUUCUGUGUUGCUUCGGAUCUUUGGAUGAGAUUUUUUGGGUUCGUUGGAACAAAAAUGGGAAGCCAUUUACGGAAAGGAUUGAAUGAAAUUAUUUUAAACAAUGAAAAAAAAAGUUGAAACUUGAGAUUUUUUAGGAAAUGAACUCUCGAGCGAGCUUUUUUUUAACGAGUAGAAGGACAUUUCAACUCGGGAAAUCUUAUAUUUUUUUUCAGAUAAGAAGGGAGAAGCUUCCUGGAAGACUUUUUAAGUAAAAAAAAAAGGGGCAGAAAUUUAACUUUGAAUCUCGCAAACUUCUGGCUUAAUUUUUUUGAUUUGUAACUUUCAAAGAUAGUAAUUUUUAAAAGCAUUUGGAGCCUUAUUUCAGAUUACUUUAUUCAAUUUUAUCUAGGAUUUCUUGGAAUUUUUUUAAAAAAAUUAUUUUUAUGAAAAAAAAGGAAUUUUUUUGAUUUAUUGAAGUUUGACUUGAUUUCUUUCUCGAACCUGAUAUAGUUCGUGAAUUGAUAGAUAUCCUGUUCGAAGCGAUGAUAUUACGGUAGUUUAGGAAAGGAUUUUUGGCUAUACAAGGGGAAUUUCGGGUACUUGUAAGACGUGAUUUGACUUGUUAUCUUGAGAGGUACUUUCUUAGGUCCCUUUAUUUUUCUUUUUAGAUCCCUUUAUUUAACUUGAAAAAAAAUUUCAAAAUAUUCUUGGCUUCCGAACAAACCUUGACCGGCCGCCUCGGCACUGGUUUAAACAUUCCAAUGAUUUUGGAAAAUUCAGAAAGAAAACCAACAACUUGCGGCCUACGUGAUCUCCCACACACAACGAUGGUACGACCGUCGGUUGCAGUGGAAUCCGCAGGAUUAUCGGGGACAAUCUGAGGUUUCCUCUUGUAGAUUUGAGGGGAAAAAUGAAGAAAAAUGGAGGAUUUUAGGUCAUCGUACCGCAGAGCAUGGUGUGGAUCCCCAAGUUGUUUGUCUAUAACAGGUUGAUUUUUUAUAGGCUUGAAAAAAUCCUCUUGAAAAUGUAUGUCGAAAAAGGUCAAUUAGGCUCGAAGAGCUUUCAAAUUUUAAUUUAAAAAAAGUAGUUAUCGAUUAGAAUGUCACUGCUAGAAUCCACUUUUUCCUGUACCUAAGCCGAAAUCACCUUUUUUUAGCUCACCAGGUAAAGUUUCGAAGGGUUUCAUCUAUUAUUCUAGCGGUUUUUUUAAUUGGAAAAUGAAAAAUUUAUAGAGAAUUUCCUUAUUUUCAGCCUGGAAUCGAAGGAUAUGUUGACGGAUAACAGGGCGGAUGUACGCUUAUACAGUAAUGGCCGUGUGAAGGUCGUUUUUCAGGAAUAUUCUAUCAAUCAAGGAAUAUUUUCCAGAUAAAUAUCCCGCAGUACGUUCAAGCGAUAUGUCGGAUACAAACCCAGGCGUUUCCCUUCGAUUGCCAGGUUUAUUUUUUAUGAUUUAGUAUGAAAACACCAUGGGGCGCGCCGUAGCGCAACAGGUUGUGUGCCUGCCUACGGUCCACAGGGUCACAAGUUCGAUCCCCGCCCCGACCCAACCAAGGGGUUUAAGAAAUGUUGGUAGUGGGAAACCACGACUUCAAAAUCCCCAGCCGUCACACACAAGGACGGAUAUGUCACUCGAGCCAGUCCACGGAUUAUCACUGAUCAGCCAUGAGAAGUUAGCCUGAUCAGGAUAAGAACCCCCCUUCCCCUAAUCGACAUGGGGCGCCGACGCCGCUCAAGCGGUACAAAGGCGUAAGAAGAAGAGUAUGAAAACGCCAUGAGAAGUUAGCCGGAGGAAAAACUCCCGGCAAGAAAUGAGCGUCGAAAAUUAUUGGAAUUUUUCGAACGGCCCCAUUUUUGCGGCCAUCUCAUUAGAUACCCGAUUUUUCGGUUGGAAAAUGUUAAAAUAUUGUACUCCCCUUGUCAGAAAGCAAUUAUGAAUCAUUUUCAUAAUCCUAUAACUUAACAAAUAAAAUUUUUGGAAUGAAAAGUUUUCUUUCAGUUCUGCGCCGUGGCGUUGGCUUCUCCGUUGUUAAGCGUGAACGAGAUGAUUGUCAACGCGACCCAGCCGCCCAGAGAUUCUUAUUUUACGGUAUUCAUUUAUAGUAGAGUUAAGAACUUUCUGAUAGAAAAAAAAAAAAAAAAUUAAGGUGAGAUGUGAAAUUGAAAAAAAAAAAACAAGAAAAAGCGCUUAGAAUACAAUAAAAAAAAUUCUGAAAAGUCUUUUUCACAGGGAAACGCCGAGUGGCACCUAUUCAACGUGACAGUUCGACAUAUGACUUUCGAAGAGGAAGGCGAAUCGAGAGUUGAGGUAAAAACAUAAAAAAAGUUGAAGGUGAAAGCGUUUGGAGAGUAGAAAAUAAGUCAGAAAAUAAUAUUUCCAAAUAUAUCCAACAGUAGAAAAGAGAGAUCCUAAAAAAAAAGGAAACAGUUAGUAAAAUUCAUAUUUCCCUAUCUUUGAUAUAAUUUUCAGACUUUUUUUAUAUUUUCUAUAUUUAUUUCAAAAAGCUUAAAGUUCCGCUUUCGAUGAAAAACUGAUCUUUUUUUCUUUAAUUUUGAAAAAUUUCGAGGCGUUUAAAAUCCACCUUUUUCAAAAUUAUUUUUCCUCAAAAAAAUUUACUUUUUGAAAAAAAUUUGAUUUUUUUAUCUGCGUAGUUUCAAGUUUAAAAUUCAUUCAUAAUUCAAUUUCACCGACUUUUUUCGGUUUUUCAAUGCGUAGGAUAUGAAAAAAAUUUCAGUUAUUGUAAUGCAGGAAUUUGUGUAUUUUUCUGAAAAAAAUGGGGUCAAAUUAAAAAAAGGCAGUCAAAGAUGAGGUCAGUAAGAUUAUAAGUCCUUUUUUUCAAACUUCAUACAUUUUUGAAAGAUCUCAGUUUUUCUUCUCAGCGUUUUUUUAUUGUGGUAAAAAUUGAUUCUUCUUCUUUUUCGAUUUUUUUCAGUGUUUUGAUGCGUAGAGAAUGAGAAAUUUCAACUAUUCUAUUAAGGAAAUCGAAAAUUCCAGGUCCACUACAUAUUCCACCUGCAACGACGGCCAAUCUACUACAUAACCGUCAUUGUGGCGCCAACUUUUCUGAUUUCUGCCCUCUCGAUUUUGGGCAUUUUUAGCCCCGGAAGCAAUGAAGGCCCAAGGAAUGAAAAGGUUGAUAAAAAAUGAUGCGUUUUCUGGGUUUUUCCAAGGAUGUUGUGCCUCUAUAAAUCGAAAAAAAAAAUCGAAUUUCAUUUCUUUUUUCUUUUUUAUUUUUCUAACUUCUACACUUUUUCAUAAUUUCAAAUCUGUUUUUAGGCACAAUCGAGUGAGAAUGUGAGUUGCUAGCUUUUUUUAGAGAUUAUUAGUGUAGAAUUAUAUUUCGAGAUGUUUCAGAGGGGUUUUUCGGAAUUAUUUGAAAAGUUGAAAUUUGAAUUUUUUUAACUUCAAAACUGAAAAGAUGUAGUUUUUUUAAAGGCGCAGGGCGAAGUCAAAGCAUAAUUUUUUGGUUCUUACAGCGAUUUUGUAUGAGAUACCGCUGUUUCAAAGGAUUUUGAUGGGUUUUCUGUUAACUUCUCAGCGCUUUUCAAUUUUUGAUAUUUUUAUGCAUCCUGCGCCUUUAAAUAAAACUGAGAAGUUUAAAGGCGCAGGGCGGAGUCAAAACAUUAUUUUUUGGUUCUCACAGCGAUUUUGAAUGAGAUACAGCUGUUUAAAAAAAUCGUGAAGGGUCUUCCAUCUAUUCUGCGCCUUUAAAAUUGAUGAACUCUUUUAAAGGCGCAUAUGAGAAUUAAUUUUAUGAUUACCGAUUUUUAUGAUCGCCUCUGCGCCUUUAAAAAGAGGUUAAAAGCGCAGAGUAGUUUUUUUCCCGACACCCUGCGCCUUUAAAAAACUUCUUUUUAACUCAAUUUGUCUUGCUUUACAAUAAUCUGAAACAUCUCGACGCUUCCUUUUUAGCUAUACUAAUUUAUGAUUUUGAACGCUUUUCAUUUAUUUUUUCCGACCUUGCAACUUUGAUGCUCAUGGCUUCGCUUCUCAUUUGCCAAUUUGUUUUUUCUCUAUAAAUUUUUUCGUAGGUCUCCCUCGGCCUUGGAUCUCUUCUCGCAAUGACCGUACUCCUGGGAAUCGUUGCGGGAGCCAUGCCGAAAAGCAACGAUAUCCCUUUACUUGGUUAGGGAAAAAUGAAAGAAAAAAUCGAGUUUUUAACUUUAGGGUAUUAUAUUCUGGUUGUGAUUGUUCUUUGCGCCGUCGCUGUCGGCAUUUCCAUGGCUUUUCUGGCCGUCAGUCGACAUUAUAUCCAUAAAGGUACGGAGAACCGCAUGGAGAAUGGCUCGAUGUGUCGCGGUAGCGCUGCGUUUUGGGACGUAAAAUGAGCAUUUUUCGGUCAUUUUUGAAAGUUUUUCCAAUUUUAAACUAGGAAAGACUACGUACAAGGCUCUGUAUAUCGAAUUCAAGCCGGUAAAUAAAAGUAUAAUUCAAGUUUUCCGCCUGAAUUUCAAAACUGUUAAAGUAGGAAAAAAAAUUGAUGAGCCGCAACGCGAGCGCGACGCGUCCGAAAUCGCCAAAACUGAAAGGAGAGUUUUCCAGAGCAAAUGCCCUCGAAAAAGCUUCUCCGAUUGAUGUUCUUGUCCGAGCACCGGAAACGGCGCUCCACGGUCAACCGGGGAAGCUUCAACUAUCAUUAUAGUCAGGAGAAUGAUUGGUUGGGUGUUUUACUCGGGUGUAAAUUGUUUGAGUUUUACAGUAUUCACUAUUCGAAAGUCGCCGAGUUGAAUGCGAUUUGCUCUUUGAUGGAAGAAGUCGCAGAAUCGCAUCGAUCGAUGCGAAGAAAGGCUGCUCAGAAGGCGAAUAAGAUCUUGGUGGGUUUGAAGAAGGAGUUGGGAGGAGUUUUGGUAAAAUGAAGAUUUCAAAUAGGUUUUUAUUUUUUUCACUGUAAUUAUACUGUAACUGAUUCACGGCAACCCAAAGUGGCGUGGCCUGUCUGCGCCCUUCCCUAAUCAGGCACUGUCUUUUUUUUAAAAUCGUGUCAGGACCCCUUUUCAAAGGCUCAAAUGAGUCCGCUGUAGCUGAAAGAUUGGAAAAAGAAGUUUAGAAAGAUGAAAACGUGAAACGAUGACGUACAAAAGGGGGGGACUUGGCUGUUGCCAGUCAUGCUCAUCCCAUGUAUUACUUUGAAGAAUAACCUUCCUUAAAUUUAAAAAAACUGCAAAUCCAUGGAAUUUCCGUCCGAUGAAAUUUUACUUCAAAAGAUUUAAGCGUUUCAAAAAAAUCCAGUGUUUUUUUCGAAAUGUUCUUAUUGGUUUACUAAUUAUUUUUUUACAGCUUAAAAAUAAUUUUUUUGUUUCCAUCAGGAAACUGUUUUUCAAAGCAUUUUACUCUCUUACAUGUAGCGAAUUUAGGCGUUUUUUCUUCACCUUUUCAAGUCAUUUUUUUUUUACGUAAUAUCUUGUUAAGCUCUAACAGAAGUUUCCUACUGAAAUUAUGAAAUGCCGAAAAAGGAAAAUCUCCAUUUUCAGGUCGAAAGAGAAUGGGCCCGGGUUUUCUCGCGUUUCGACUAUCUUUUCCUGGUCGUCUUCGAGAUGUUGAACUUAUCGGCCUUGGCUGUUUUCCUACGAGUCGCCUGGCUCCCAACUCCAGAACUACGAGAACAAAUUUUGUAG